AUGCUGAAAAUUCUGUGCGCCCUCGUUUCACAAACAAUCGAUGAUCAGCUGAUUCAACUGCAAACAACGACACUAUUUUCCGAAUCUGUUCAACCCGAUAACACCAUCUUAGCUAACGCUGAAGCAAUACGCGAACAGUUUGUUAAUACAAUAUCAAACUCAUUUUCAGCUGCACUCAACACGAUACGCACAGUACUUAAAGGUAAUCAAAUUGUUAAUCGUCUAAAAACAAAUUAUCAACUGGCUACACCAUCAAUCAGUAGCUCCGUCACACAGCUAUCUCAUACGAUACAGUAUUUAUCUGUAAAUGAUAACUGUACAUGUUCACUAUCAUCCUGUUGUAAAGCAACUACCGGUGUCUACAAUACGUCUGCUUACAUCGCAGCUUGUAAAUAUGAAUAUACACCAUCAUGUAACAGUGUAAUAGACGGUGAAAUAGAAUUUGAUGUGCCACGUAUUAGUAUUGGCUGUUUAGUUCUGGAUGCUGUUCUACAGUCAGACUUAUCUUGUUUCUACAAUGAAUCUUGUUUAUCUGAAUUAAAGUUUCAGCUAACAGAUUUACCGUCACCAUUGAAUACUACACUGCUCAAAGUCGGCAGUUCAGUAGCUUCUCUACCAACUAUUGGUGAACUCAUUGCGAAUUUGAUGGUGGAGGAAUGGUAUUUUAAUUCAUCCUACGAAUCGUAUUUUGAUCGGUGUAGUCCGCAAACGUGUAAGUUACCUAUACCUACGUUAAACAAUUUGAUAUCGUCUAUAUGA